AUGACGGUCGAAACUUCACCCGAAGAUUGGAAGAGAAAGGCCGGCAGUUACAAGGACAUGACGAGCACGCUAAAUGUCAAACCGAUUGGCAUCAUGCUAGAGAGGCUGAAUGGUCUACUACCAUUCUCCGAGGCCACUGGAAUCCUGGACAAUGGCUGCGGUCCGGCACCAAUCAUGGCGCGGAUCAUCGAUGAGCAUGGGGACAGCCUUCCUCAAACUUGUACUUUGAUUUGCUCAGACUUCUCAAACGGCAUGGUGGAACAAGCCAACAACACAAAAAGAAAUGCCCUCGAACAGCAGAGAGAUUCACCAUGGACUCAUGUUCGCAUCGAAACACUUGAUGUGAUGGAUUUGCUUAGCAUCGAGGACAACUCCUUGAGCCAUGUUGCAGCCGGAUGGGUUUUUUUCAAUGCCAAAGACCCACAGAAAGCUCUUGCCGAGUCGAAACGGGUGUUACAGCCAGGCGGCGUCCUCGCUGCCUCGUCAUGGGCAGAGACCGACUGGCUAAGGAUUCUCAAGGUUGUCAGCAAGCUGGAUCCUGCAGUCCAACCCCCUUCGAUUGGUGAGGACUGGGGUACGUCUUCGGGCGUCAAGGCGCAGCUAGAGAAAGCCGAGUUCCGCAACGUUGAGGUGCAUCAGGUCCACGUGGACAUACCGUUCAAGUCGCAUGCCUCAUUUGUUGAGACCAUGCUGACACGGGUCACCCAGAUGGUCGUUGCUAGCCGAGCACUGCCGAGUGGAUCGCAUGACGAACUAAGGGGUCUUAUGAUUGAGGAAAUGAAGUUGAUCUGCCCCAGAGAGCCGGGUGUUCUGAGGGGAACUUCACUUGUAGGUUUCGGGAUCAAAUAG